AGCAACUGGUGUGCAGAGCUCCAGCUAAGAAUAACCCGGACCUUCUGGUGGAUAAAGUUACCUUGAAGCCUCCCUGUGCUCUGCUCUGACCUAUACCCAUGUGAGGCACCAAUAACACUGGGUGGUAUUCUGUCUGUUCCCCGUCACCAGCGCUCUGCUUAGCUUGGCUCUUUCCUUCCUCUGCGCUGCUUUCCUUUGCCCCACCGUCCCCAGACCCCCCUCUGCAAUGCUGCCACACUGGCAGCUCCAAAUUCUGCAACACCUUUAAAUCUUAAAAUUUACGCUUGAUUUUCUAUUGUCUUCUUUUUUUUUUUAUCUUGGAGAAGUUCAACCUGUGGAUAACAUGCGUCAAGAAAGAAGCCUGUGAUCACAAAGUGGAAAUGGAAUAACUUAAUUGACUUGGUCAAUUUUUUACGUAAACAGUGGAUGCUGAUUGGAUGCCGACUGAAGCUGUGAUUUUCCAUUCACUUCUGCAUGAGGAGGCUUUGCCCUCAACUUAAAGGAUUAUAGCUGAAAUUGUCUCCAUAUUACCAUGGCGGAAGGAGCAGCAUCCUCCUCCUCCACAGCCAGUGGGUCCAAUGGAGCAGCUACACCACAGACGAGCUCUCUCAAGUCCAAAGGUCUGGGCCUCCUCGGGAAGCUGAAAAUGUCCACGGAGCUGCUGAUUGCCCUGGCUGCUCUCCUGUCCUGGGUGGUGGUUGGAGUGGUGAUGUUUGACUUUGUGGAGUACAAGGCAGUCCCUGACAUUCAGCAAAUCGUUUCGGACCCCAUGCAAGCUGUAAACGACGCUGUUGAUGAAGUAUCCAGUCUAAUGAAUAAGUUUCAAGAAUGUGCACCUGAUUUAAGUGACCCCAUGUCCGCUGCCACCUACGCAGCUGAUGAAAUAUCGGAAGCAAAAGAUGGAUUUGUUCGCUAUUUUUCAGAUGAGGAAGGGAAUUUCUACCUCAGCUAUGUUGACCCUGUGAUCAUCGGUAGACAAGCUUUCCAUUCAACUAAUGAUUUUAUGGGUGGAGUUGCGGGCACCUUCAGGGACACCCUGUGUGCUAUUGUGGACACCGCAUUAGAUACUAUAUCGGAUAUAAAUAAAGGAAAAGUUGACCUUAGCUACAUUGACCCUGUGGUCAUAGGCAGAGGUGUCUUCGGUGCUACUAAUGACUUUGUGUGUGGAGUGGGGGGCUACAUCCAGGAUGUGCUAGAUGCAAUUUUGGAGACAAUUCUGGAUGUAGUAAAAGGAACCAUGGACAUUAGCUUCAUGGACCCUGUGGUAGUUGGCAGAAAUGUCUUCAGUGUUACAAAUGACACCAUGAGGGGAAUAGUGGUCUACAUCCAGGACGUGCUUUGUGCCAUCAUAGACAGUGCACUGGAUAUAACAAAAGGAACCACUGACAUCAGCUUCUUUGACCCUGUGGUUGUUGGCAGAAAUGUCUUCAGUGUUACAAACGACUUUCUGAGUGGAAUAACAGGAUACAUCCAGGAUGUGCUCUGUGCCAUCUUUGAUGUAAUAAUGGACACAGUAAAAGAUAUCCAGCAUGCUGUGGGAUUCAGCCCCAUGUCGGCUCUGAAGAGAACAGCAGAAAUCACCACAGAACAGAUAAACAUGCUCGUGAGCUACGUCUCCACAACGCUGAUUGGUGAACAAGGGAUCAUGCCUGAAGCUCCCAUGAAGGUUGUGGAAGAUGCCUUGUUGGAUUUCUCCGAAAAGAAAGAUGUGUUUGUGGCUUACAUGUCGAGCAUGCUUGUUGCUGAUCAAGGCGAACCUGUUGUAAAAGUAGUAACUGAAAAAGAUGAAGCUGUAGCUCUCCCGUCUCGUAUACAUAUGGUACAAAGGAAAGGUGAAUUUCUGCCACCUUUUGAAAAAGUUACAGAGAUCAUGCAAGCUGCCAAGGAUGAAGCUGCUGCUGCUGCUGCUGCUGCAGAGUUAACUGAAGCACCAGACUCAAAGAUUAAGGAGGAAGAGGAGGCUGAAGUUCCCACUGAAGCUGCCAGUGAAGCAGACGAGGAGGAGGAGGAGGAUGUGAAACAUAUCGACCUUGAAGAAACAGAACAUGAACCAUCACCUGUAGAUGAGGGAGAAGAGGUUGACAGUGAGGAAGAGGAGAAGAAGGAGGAGAUAAAAACAGAAGACGAUGCAGCCUACGAGGAGGAGACAGACGAAGAGGAAGGUGUUGGUACACAACAGGAUGAGGACUUAAAAACAGAGGAUGAUGAAGGAGAAGACGGGGGAGAUAAUAAAACAGAUAUUGAAGAAGAACAAAUAGAGGAACCGAACACUGGAGAAGAGGUGGUAGAAGCUGAGGUGGAGGCCAAAGCUGAAGACAUUUUGAUAAAAAGGGAGAAGGAGGAGGACAAAAAAACUGAACUAGAAGAUGAGGAAGCGGAGGUAGAGGAGACCAAAUUUGAAGAACAUGCAGUAGAAGAUGAGGAGGAGACACAAACACAACGUGUGGUAGAAGAUGAGGAGAAAGAGGAGGGGGCUAAAACUGAAGAAGUUUUGGUAGAAGAUAGUGAGGAAGAAGAGAACGGAAAAACUGAAGUAGAAGAUGAGGGAUUGGAGGUGGAGGAGACCAAAAUUGAAGAACAUGCAGUAGAGGAUGAGGAGGAGACAAAAACAGGACUUCUGGUAGAAGAUGAGGAGGAGGAGGAGGAGGAGGAGGAGGAGGAGGAAACAAAAACUGAAGAAGUUUUGGUAAGAGAUGGGGAGGAAGAGGAGGAGACAAAAAUGAAAGACGCAGUAGAAGAAGAUCUGGAAGAUGAGGAGGAGGAUGAGGAGGAGACAACAACAGGACUUGUGAUAGAAGAUGGGGAGGAAGAGGAGGAGGAGGAGACCAAAACUGAAGAAGAUUCUGUGGAACCUAGGGAGGAGAAAGAGGAGGAGAAAAAAACUGUAGAAGUUCGAGUAAAACAUGAGGAGGAGGAAGAGGAGGAGACAAAAACAGAAGAAGAGGUUGAUGGGGAGGAGACUGAAGAUGGAGAUAUUCAUGCUGAUGAAGGAAGAGACCAAGAAAAAACUGUUGACACUGAUGUCAAAGAUCAGCUUGUAAAAACGGACCAGGAAGCUCAAACUUUAGAUGUGGACGAUGAUGAGCAUUCAGAAGAGGAGGAAGGAGAAAAACUGGUCAAAGUAGAGAUGAUUGAAGUGGACGAUGAAGAUGAAGAAGAAGAGCCAUCUGUCCAACAUCUUGAUUUUGAAAUUCUGUUAUCUAAAAAACUCAAUAAUGCCAGUGGCGUGCCCAAAUCUGACAAUGUUGAAGAAGAGGAAACAACAGUUCACGACCAAGACGAAUACUCCGACAUCAUCGAUGAACUUGAUGAAAACAACAACAACAGUGAAAGUGUGAAAACUGGACUCAAACGAAAAAGGAACGUUCAUAUUCCCUUUGAGAGACUGAGAAGAGUCGGGUUCAGAGCUGCCCACAAAGAAGAACACCUUCACAAACAUGACAAAGUUCUCAAAGAGGCAAAGGAAAGACAUGCAAUAAAAGAAGUUAAAUAUGCCAUUAUUAAGGACCUCAAAGCUGCAAAAUCUGAAAAGCAGGAGAAAAAAGAGGAAGCCAAACUUCAGGAAAUCCUAGAGAUAAAACUAAAAGAAGAAACCCUAAAGGAAGAGGCUAAAUCACUUGAGAAGAAACCACCGAAGCCCAAAGACGAUGGACCUAAAAAGGCUGCAAGGAGGAUUAAAGCAGUCAUGAAGGAGGUUGCAUCUGUUCUGAAGAAGGAACAUCUCAAUGUCACAAAAGCAGCUGAUGAACCCAAGAGGGCAGUAAAUCUGCUGAAAGCUGCAGUAAAGCAGACAGUUCCUGUCCUGAAAAAGGAGCACAUGAAUGUUACAAAGACAGAGGUUCCUGAAGCUCCUAAGGUGAAAGCCAAACCAGAACCUGCAAAGAAAGUGGAUGUUCCCAAGGAGCCCAAGAAGGAACCAAAGGAAAAACUCAAACCUACACCUGUAAUAACAGAUGCUGGACCCGAAAAGGCUGCAAGGAGGAUUAAAGUAGUCAAGAAGGAGGUUGCUUCUGUCCUGAAGAAGGAACAUCUCAAUGUCACAAAAGCAGCUGAUGAACCCAAGAGGGCAGUAAAGGUGUUGACAACUGCAGUAAAGCAGACAGUUCCUGUCCUGAAAAAGGAGCACAUGAAUGUUACAAAGAUGGAGGUUCCUGAAGUUUCUAAGAUGAAAGCCAAACCAGAACCUGCAAUGAAAGACGAUGGACCUAAAAAGGCUGCAAGGAGGAUUAAAGCAGUCAUGAAGGAGGUUGCAUCUGUUCUGAAGAAGGAACAUCUCAAUAUCACAAAAGCAGAGGUUCCUGAAAGUCCUAAGGUGAAAGCCAAACCAGAACCUGCAAAGAAAGUGGCCGCUCAUAAGGAGCCCAAGAAGGAACCAAAGGAACAAAUCAAACAUAAAGCUGUAAAACCAGAAGUUCCAAAGGAAAACGCCAAAGUGGCUCCUGCUAAGAAAGAAGCUGCUGCUCCUAAGGGCAAACCAGUCGACAUGAAAAGAGAACAAGAGGGCGCACCCAGAAAUGCCUCUCUGGUGAAACAGAGAGUCAAAAUAGUGCCUAUGAAAAAAGAAGUCAAGGCGCCCAAAGAGAAAGUCAAAGCAGUUUCUGCAAAGACAGCAGCUGACGUUUCAAAACAGAAGCCUAAACCGGUUCUAACAAAGAGAGAACCUGCUCCGCUCAAGACAAAACCAGUCCCAGUAGUCGAAGCGGCAGACGUAUCGCACAAAAAUGUCUCAGUAACAAAGGAGAAAGUGAAGGUUGUGCCACUAAAGAAAGUGCCUGUAACUCCAAAAGAGAAUGUCAAACCAGCACCAACCAAAAAAGAAGCUGAGGUUCUCAAGGAGAAGAAGGCCGAGCCAGUGACUCCCACGAAUGAAGCUGUUGUAAAAGAAAAGGCAAAGGCAAAAACCUCACAGAAAGAACCUAAGACCAAGACAGUUCUUGCCAAAAAAGCACCUGAGGUAGCAAAGGAGAAGCCUAAGCCAGCUCAUCAGAAGAAAGAACUGGAGACUCCUAAAGAAAAGGACACACUUGCUGCAGUGAGGAAAGCCAUUUCUAGGGAAAAGGCCAAACUAGCCCGUGUGAAGAAAGAAAAAACAGUUGAGAAGAGGGCAACCAAAGAAGAGAAAGCUAAAGAGGACAGAGUUCUUCAACAGAUACAGGAUCCAGCAAAGAAAGAAAAAUCUGCUGAGAAGAAGGUUGCCACGGAGGAUAAAUUAAAAGCUGAGCCUUCUGUAUCAGACAGCUUUCAAAUGGAAGAGGAGCCCUAUUUCCAGUGUUUCUUUGUGGACGAGGACGAGGCCCAAUUUCCUUUCUACGCCUUCUCACCGCUGCAGAUUUGAAGCUUCAGUCUGAAUCCAGUCUGAGGUUUACAAUUUAGUCAAUUUUACUGAUAAUGACGAGGUCAGGUCACGCCCUGAGCUGCUGAAACGCAGCCUGCUGUUUCACUGCUGCUUUUCAUGAGAAAACCCAGGACAGCAGAAGAUGAUGGGGGAUUUAAUGUGACGGUUCGAUUUUCUUUUACUUCCAGAUUUGGUUGAGCUCUCGUACCAAAUACAUGCAGCCGGUGUCAUUCCUUUCCAAUUUGUUGUUUAUUUUUUUGUGUUUAAUUGUUUUGAAAGGUGGAUAUCUUGAGAAUGAUGGAACAACAUAGUAUAUUACCUCGGUGGAUCAUUCAUGUAGAUGCUCACGGGCAAACACAUACAAAUAAAAAUAUGAUGGUGCAUUUUUUUUUCUGAAGGAACAUAAUGCUGUAAACAGGGUACAAAAACGGCCACAAAUGCGGAUUCUAGCCGGACAGAGGUUCAAUUCCCACAUUUACUUGAAAAGUGGUUUGUACAGUAAUCGUACAUACAUUUUUUAUGCACCAUGUGUAAUUUCAGCGUUUUCCUUCAUUGCAUUGUAGAUGGCCAUAUUGUUUAAUGCUUAAAACUUAUCCAGCUUUUAAAGCCCUUGAAUCUACAACUGGGCAUUUGUAGUGUUUGUGCAUUAUUCCAUAAUUAUUGAUAUUAUUUCAGUAAUUUCGAGGAAACCUUGUUUUUCACACAUAUUCCUCUAUCUAAUGAAAGGAAAGUUUUUCUGUUUUUGUCUACUGUCUGUUAUGUGUCAAAAGGAAUGACCACGCACUGUAUAUGAGAGCUCCCAAACGUACAGAUGAAACACUACCUUUAAAGUCUUAUUUAACUGCCGACAUGUGCAGCUCCUCAUUUUGACAUUGGCGCUAAAAACAAGCAUUGCAUUGCCUGUACUAUGAGAAUGAAUAAAUGACGACAUGUUGGAAAAGCUUUUUUUUUUUUCCAACUGCUCACUCUGUUCCAAUUCUUCUACUUAAGGCUUUUGAAUAUGAUGCAGCUUGUUUUAGUCAAUGAGAGGGCGAGUAUCACUCUUUUCUUGCACUGCAUCAAAGAUGUUUUACAAGCUGGAACAUCAACAGCAGGGCACAUGUGAUGGAUUUUUUGUCAGUCAAAAGGGAUGUGGCUAACAGCAAUUCCUUGAUAGACCAAAAACGAUAUAUAUUGUAGUAACCUUUUGAACAGGUUCUUAACAUAUAUAUGAUAUUAAUGCAUAUCUUAUAUUGUUACAUCCCAUUUACUGUAUAUACAGAAGGUAACAGGAUUCAUAUUACAUUUUACAAAUAUCCUGUGCUGUGAUGUACAGUGUGGGUUACAUGAUUUCAGAUCGAUUUCAAAUACUAGUAUUGGUUAAAAGUGAAAUCCAAGUCACAUGUUCGAAAUCUCUGAAGAGUAACAGUAUGAAAGAUGAUGACGAGAGCUGCGAGAAUCAGCUAUUUACAGGUUCAUUUGAAAACCUGAAUGUUAUUGUCAACGUUAUGUUGACAUCAAGUGUAACACUGAAAUGAAACAUUUACAUAUUGGAUUAUAUCUGCACAUUAUGGGAUUACACUCUAAAUUAAUGCAGAUGGCGUCAGAUGUAAACUGGUACGUUAUUUCUUGGCUUGCACCAGCUGUUGUUUACUAACGGCUCUUUAUAUUUUGCUGCAUAUGCCGCAUUGAAGACAGUUAUUAGAGUUUAUGGCACUAAUCCCAAAUCUACUCAAGAGUAAAUCCCCUUAUCUUUUUUGUAAUAGAAACAAACUCUUAAUUAGUCCAUACAGUAGAUGGUGCAUAAGACCCUCUGCAGCUCACAGUGAGCUCAGGCUCCUGUAAUUGACUGUAACAGCUUGAGUUUAAUGGUGAUGCUCCUUCAUCACUGUUGUAGCUGUUUGUUUUGUUCCCAAAAUGGCAGUGGACUGUCUUUGAAUAUUUAUUUUGAGAUAAUGAAUUUUAGUUUAAAAAAAAUAUAUUGUUGCUAAAUAACAGAAGGCUUUUAGAUUUAUGGUGACAGUAUUGGAGAAUAUCUGUUUUAAUUGUUUUAACUGAAUUGUACCUAAAACUCACUUGUAAACAUGUGCAAUACAUACAUUUGUUUGGGAAUAUCUCAGUGAUGAGAGCACUGUAUGUUUAUCUAAUUGUCCAUGAAUGAAAUGUGCAUGAUGAUGUGUGUGUGUGUGUUUUAUGCUCACAAAUGUUUUUGUGAUAUUUUUUCCCCUACUUUGAGAAUGGCAACACUAAAUACUUGAACUUAUAAAUCAUUUGAUAACAAUAACUGACAUAUGUCUGUCAGUGAUGUUGCGAGAACAAGAAGUUAUCAAGUCAUAUUUAAAAUAACACUGUUGUAAAUAGUUGAAUAAGUGGUAAAAUAGAGAGAUUUAUCCCCUGAACCAUUACUACUGCAACUGCUCUUUAACUGCAGUUAAAAAUCACAUUAUGUAUCAUUUGUCAAUUACAUCUUCUUUGUGAAUCGUAGCAAUUUGACAUUAAAACAUAGCAAUACAA